UGGAAAGUGGAAGCAUCAGCCGUGGCAACAACGUCAAAUUUCAACACUGUUAGUCUUUCGUGUCGUGUGAUCAAAAAUGUUAAUCCAAUGGGCGUGAAAUAACAGCACAGCACUAUGGAUAUAUUUCAGAAUCAAUGCACAGAGAGCCUUGGGUUCGAUUCGAUGCUGGCUUCGAAUUCAAUCAAUUCUCCGCUGCAAGUUACCGAUUCACCAACUCAUCUUACAUUCAGCCCUUCCCCCUAUUUCACUACUAUCCCUCCAGCAAACUCAAUAGUCUACACCGGGGGGAGCAGUUCGACUACUACCUACAGCAACUCAAUAACCGUUUGCUCCGGUCUGCCGAGUGGGUCAUCCGGUCCGAAUGAUGUUGUCCUACCGAGUAUUUUUGUCAAGGUUCCGAAACAAAUUAAUCUGCAGUACCAACAACAAACUCAAUCCAACAGCAGUUCUACCGAUAUCAAAUGUGAAGAUAAAUCGGAACCUAUCAAGCGCGAACUGGGUGACCUGCGAGCUUUGGAGAAGGGAACUGCGAUGGUACAGCUACCUGGGACAGCCGAGCGGUACUUGUCGGCUGACCAGCAAGAAACCCGAGAGGAAGCUGAACUGGUGGUUUAUUGCUGCGAGUUUUGCCCGUUUGUUACUAUAGAAGAUCGCAACUUGAGGGAACAUACCCAUGCUCAGCAUGCUAAUAGGGAACGAGUAAAUCUAGAAGUAAUGGCUUGUCCCGCAUGUGGUAACAAGUUUCACAAGCUUAGUUCUUUGGAGCUUCACCUACUGGAUGAUCAUAUGAUGUGUCCUUCGGAAAUGCGAGUUCUGGUAGACCGGAGGUUUCCUCGAUCUGAGCCGUCCGAACCACCGAAUAGCAAUACAACUCAACAUAGCAUCACGAUUCCAGUUUCAACACCUUCUCUGAUGACCGCACCAGAACAAAAUAAAAGUCGAAUUUAUAUUAAGAAUGUGCAAUUGCUCAAGAAACCGGACGUUAUUGAGCAGGAAAACGUUCAACAAGCACAACAACAACAAGCGGAGCAGCAGCACGAACAGCAACAGCAAGGCAGAAAAAUUUUUAUUCGAAAUGUUUCACUCUUGCAGAACGCAAAUUACGCCCAAAACGUAGAUAAUGUUUUUCAAAAUCCCUCAGGACUGCACGAAAGCAAGUAUAGUUUUAUUGUUCCCGUUCCUAGCCCAAACAGUCAAUCACCACCGGUGGCAAUAAGCGAUGGGAGCAACACGAUUCCCCAGCGGAGCAAAAUUUUUAUUCGAAAUGUGGACAUCUUGAGAAACCCUUUGCUGUCGAUAACUCCUCCAAGUAUAAGUUCAACAUGUGAAAUGAGCCGAACUAGCAGCAGUGAAAGCUUAUACACGACUCCACCACCUCAGGUGGUGAGCCCAGCCACUUCGAUUACAAGCGUCGGAACGGCAUCCAUGGGAUGUUCAGGCCUAAACCUGGUACUAAUGCCCAAUCCCACCUGUAGUAGUAACUCCUCGACACCACCUAUGGUUGCGACACCGCCAGCGAUCACUGUUGCCAGUACGGAAUCAAUGCUCCAAUCACAACCAAGAAAGAGUAAAAUUUUUAUCAAGAACAUUAGCGUUCUAAAGCAACCAACGAUUCAUCUGAAAUCGGUUGACGAACUCAAUCUUAUGACCAUCGAUCAGCUCCAGUUGCAAAACUUACUACCACCGAACUCUAGCAACAACAAUAGCACACAAAGCAUGGAGAAUGUCAGCUUGGAAAAAGAGAACGAUCACGCGGGGCACCAGCUAGACGAGGACGACUUCGGAAACGUUCUGGAUGAACCUGCCUCAUCUGAGGAAAUGGAUAGCUAUUCCGGAACGGACAAUCAAUAUCAUGAAAUACAGAGCUGCAACGCAAUAUGUGGAAACUUACCAACCGAACAGGACUCGUACCAGCCGGAGUUUAAUAAUGAUUUUAUCAUUAUCGAGCCGGGAACUGCAGCUGAUAACGUGGCGUACACAGGCCAAACGGAGCACUUGAGAUUACCAACGCAAACAAACGACCUUAUUGAUCAUCAGCAGCUGCCGGCACCUCCAAUAGAACCACCGGACUCUCAACAAUAUCAUCAAACCGACGAAGAUAUCCUGUUCGUGUGCGCGGAGGAAAUCAUAAAUCUCGAUCCACCAGUGCAAGCAAAAACCUCGCCCGAACCAUCCGUUCAAUCCGGGACCCCUCUGCCAGCGGCACCUCUUCCCCAGCAGGGUCGAAUCUAUGUAUCCGACAACUUAAUGGAACAUCAUGCGCCACUAGUUGUUCCUCCACCCGCAACUUCAUCUCAACCGCAGGUACAAUGUCUUCCUGGAUCGCUAUCGAACACUGUUACACCUCUUAGUCAACUAGAGCAAAUCAACAUUGAAGCAGCCUCCGCUAGUCAUCAACAUGAGGCUCAAUUGUCACACAUAUCCAGUAGCGAUCUACCCAGCCGAGAAAGGACCCGCAGUCGUGGCCGUCCGAAAGGAGCUAAGCAAACUGGGAUUACCAAGCUGAAGAAACUAUACACCAACUUGACCCCGAUGGAAGAAGGCUACAAAUGUGAUUUACUGGAUUGUGGUGCUCGCUUUAGACAACCCGAAACCAUAGCCUACCACAAACGAUGUCACGUGCAAGCAGGCGAAGCGACGUCAGCUUCGGAUGGCAUUCGAUGCCCUGAGUGUGGUUCUCAAGAGUUUCGAAACUGGAACACCCUACAUACCCAUCUCUGGCGCGAGCAUUCGAUCGAUAUGGAGCUCUAUUCGUGUCAUUUGUGCAACUUCAAAACACCGGUGCUCUGCAGGCUGAACAACACCCAUAUGAAAAUCCACUCGGACGAGAAGAAUUUCAUAUGUGCCGUUUGCGAUAAAGGUUUCAAAAAUAACAAGCAACUACGCAACCAUCGCCGGUCUCACCGGGAACAAAAUCAGCAAGCGAAAGACAGACAUGCCGAGAGAAAACAUGAAACCAACACCCAUCAAUCGCUGCAGCCGGUGAAUUGCGUCAAAUGUGGAUUAAAAUUUUCCAAUCAAAAGAUUUUGAAGGCUCACGUAGAAAGUAAACACUCGAUUGACGGAGUGGAAUCGAGUUGCGCCGAUGGCGGCCGGUUGAAGUGUUCCAUUUGUGGGAUGCUGUUUAAAACGAGAUAUCUGCUGAUAUCGCACGUGGCAAAACACUCGGACGAGAAGAAGUUUAAAUGCCAGAAUUGCGAUUAUUCGACCAAUGAUCAUAAUGCUAUCCGCAGGCAUAAAAUGAGGCACAACUCGGCGGGUCACAUGUAUCGGUGCUCCUAUUGUGACUACACCAGCAUUCAGAGCACAACGUAUCGGAAGCAUUUGGAACGAAUGCACGCAGAUGUGGCGUCUAAUCUUCUCUACAAGUGUUCCCAGUGUACGUUUGUGUCCAUCAGUGAGCUUAAAUACCAUCUUCAUCGAGCCAAGCACGAAUCCAAUGAGGAUAUCAACGAUACGGAGCACGGUUCUCCUUCGAAUGGAAUUACCAAUCAACCAGUGGAUGAGCAAGAAGAACAAGAGCGUCACUGUGAAAGUGUCAAUUCGGAUGUCGUAAUAGUCGAAAGAGAUCAAUCGGAACCACCAUUGGAUGCAUUCUCGCUGAUACCGCCGUCCCAAUCGAGUGUCGAUUCGCAGGAGCAUCAGUACCCGUUGCAACCGAUCAUUCGACCGGCUGGAUUUGCCAACAACCUUUCGAAGGUGGACAAUUUCUAUGGCUAUGCGAUGCCUGCGAUGGAUAACGCUAGUCACCACUACCAGCAACCGGCUGGUACGGUCUCGGAUUCUGCUCAACAGGAGCUGCAAUUAAUGCAGGUCGAUGUGAACGUCUCUUCCUCACCUUCCUCGUCGUCGUCGUCUUCGUUGUCAUCAUCCACUUCAACGGUCGCUUCAACAGCCGGUGCUGGUGCUGGUCUUCAUCAGAACGAGUAUUUGGGCAACCAACUGAUGCAUGGCAUAGUGCCGCUAGCUUACGGCGAGGAUGCCCAUGGCAGCUAGACUGAAGGGAAGCGAAAAGAUACAAUUUCAUCAAUGUGAUAUUAGAGUAUAAGAUCUUCGUGCUGUACCUACCAUCUUGUUCUGCCAGCAUAAAGUUCAUGAUUAGUAA